CAUAUGUUCAGGUGAUUGAGUAACUCUAAAGGCGGGCAGUAAAGAUAAUACAUUCCCAACUACCGUAAAACGUCACAGAAGAAGAAAAUAAGGAGACGUGGCAGUGACGUCAAUGCCGGAAAUGACCCGGAUCGGAACUUUAACUCCUGCGCUCAUUAGUUUUCGACUCAAACAUCGGGAGCUCGGGAAAUAUGGUCUAAUAGAAACUCAAACAUGUGUGUACCUGUGUCCAUGAAGGAUACUUCACCCUGGAUGUGAGUUCGUCGACACAGCGGGAACUCUUUAUUAUUCAUCCAUACCACAGAGCGGAGGAGGGCCCGAUACUCCCCGGUGGUUUUCUGCAGUGACAGCGGGCUAGCGACCCCUCUUCCAGCGGCAGGAUGACGUGCCGUGACCGGACCGUCGAGUUCCAGUCGGCCUGUAAAUCUCUUCAGGGCAGACAGCAGAAUGGAUUGCAGCCCAGUAAACCAGCUCACAGUGCUCUUAGACAGCGCAGUGACUUCACACUUAUGGCUAAGAGAAUUGGAAAAGACUUGACCAAUACAUUUGCCAAACUGGAAAAGCUUACUAUUUUGGCAAAGAGAAAAUCUCUAUUUGAUGACAAGGCAGUGGAGAUUGAGGAGCUAACGUACAUUAUAAAACAAGACAUCAACAGUUUAAACAAACAGAUAGCACAACUGCAGGACUUGGUGAGGUCCCGUGGAACUCCAGGCAGCAGACAUAUCCAAACCCACUCUACCACUAUAGUGGUGUCAUUACAGUCCAAACUGGCUUCAAUGUCCAAUGACUUCAAAUCAGUUCUAGAAGUCAGAACGGAGAACCUGAAACAGCAGCGCAGCAGGAGAGAGCAGUUCUCCCAGCCCCCUGUCUCGUCUUCUCCUCUGAUGACCAACAAUUUCAGGAGCCGCAAAAAAGGGGCCCAGGAGCCGCAUGCAGCUCGUGAGCCGCGCAAUGACUACCAGGGCUAUACAACCUCAAAUUUAAAAGAGAGCUCAGUCCUGAUGCAGGAUGAGUCGCGGAGUCUGGGGGAUGUGGCCAUCGAUAUGGACUCUCAGACCAAUCCCUUGCAACUGCAACUUAUUGAUGAGCAGGACUCAUACAUCCAGAGCCGUGCAGACACCGUGCAGAACAUCGAAAGCACCAUCGUGGAGCUGAGCUCUAUAUUUCAGCAGCUGGCUCACAUGGUUAAAGAGCAAGAGGAGACGAUCCAGAGGAUCGAUGCAAAUGUGGAGGACACUCAGCUGAACGUGGAGGCCGCUCACUCAGAAAUCCUCAAGUACUUUCAGUCAGUCUCCUCCAACCGCUGGCUGAUGAUCAAGAUCUUUCUCGUCCUCAUCGUGUUCUUCAUCAUCUUUGUCGUCUUCUUUGCCUAACGUAAGGAGGAGCAUUUCAAGGAAGGUGGAAGACACAUCGCAUGAGGGGACAUGAACGUUAAAACUGGACUGAGACGACAAGUCCAGGUGAAGGACGGGCUUCUAUAGCAAAAGGACGGUUUGAUGGAGGCUGGAGGAACUCACAGUUUAAAACAGAAUUGUUUGGUUUUUACCAAGCCACAAACUCUCAGUCUUUCUUUGAUGAAUCUGUGAAGAGAGGUGGUGUUGAACUGUGUCCUAAUUAAAGAAAAAACUAAAAUCCCACUUUAUAUAGAGAUUGCAGAAAACUGCUCUUUAUUGACCAACUUCUCAUAAACAUUUAAUCAAAAUGGCUAUAAUUUAAUGGUUUGAUUCUGCAAACUGUCUUUUUAAUUGAGGGUUUUUUUCUUGUUCACCCCCUUUGCCACAUUUUUAGCAUUGUUGUUAUUAUUUCAAAGCCAAACAGAGCUGCAGUUCAUCAUCAGAUCAUUUUGCUUUUUUAGUUUACCUGCUUUUUAUUCAGGAGAAUAACUCCAAUAAUUCUUCACGUAACACCAUUCAGUUAUGAUGUGACAAUUUUUUUUUAUCAGUAUAUUUUUCUUUCAAAGCCUGUUUGCCAAAUGAGUACUCUUGUUUAACUGUGACAUAAUACGAAGACAUUCUUUGUGGUUUGGCUUUUUGUCUUCCAAAGACAUGGGAGGGCAAAUAAAGAACGAGAAAGUUUUCAAGUAAAUUUCAGGAAUGGGCUGUACGAAAUGUUAAUAACUUAUGUAAAGAAACAGCUUUUUAACUAUGGCCGUUGGCCAUGAGGCAGGUUGUGCAAGUGCUGCAGACCAGUAUCUAGUACUUAUGAAGGGGUUACUCUGGGUUUGAAGGCCUAUUGAAGUGACUCAUUCAGCCAGAUUCCCUGGAAGUGUCUGGUUGGAUAUCACUGUAAAGUAGUUGCUUCGCUUCUUUGUCUAAUGUUAUUUAAUUUACCACUACUUUUUAAGAAAAAAAGAAAACAUUCUCCUAACUUUGCCCUCGUUUUAUUUUUAGCCAAAUGCCUUGACCUACGUGUAAAAAGUGCAAAUAUUGUUAAUGAUGUAUCGAUAAGAACGUGUGUAUGAAUCAAAUAAUGAGGUGCUGGCAUUUAUGGCUUGGAUAUUGAGAUAAUAGGAUUAGUCUGCAGUGAUAUGAUAAGCCAUGCUGAGACCGAGGCAGUGAACAGGGCAACAGUUUAUAUGCCAUGAACACGAUAGACAUGUAAUAUUUAUUUUUCAUCAUGUUCAUUUGUUACGUUACAGGCACCAGACAGAUUUCUGCAUAACUAUUUUUCCCGCUCAACUACAAUAAAUAGAAAAUGAUGCAUA